AUUCUUAACAGAGAUGAUUCAGUAUUUUUUAUUCACUUGAUGUAAUUUUUUAUAUAGUAUAUUAUGACUGUUAUUGUUUUUAUUUUUUUAUUGUUAGUAUUAACAUAACCUAUAUUUUUAAACUAAGAUUCAAGGGUUUCACAUCUACCCCUAAAUGAUGUUUUAGGCAAACAAAAUAGAUAAAAUAAAUAUGUAUCUAGUUUUUAAAUUUUAAGCUAAAUUAACAUAAUAUUUAGGGGUUUUGUAUCUUUUCAGAGGUGAAUUAAGGCAUGCUUAGGUGCAUUUUAAGCACACUGUGUUUUGUAUUCAUUGGUGUCAUAUUUCAAUUUUCAGAUAUGUUAAUUUGUAUGAGUGAUUGUAAUUAUUAGUGCUGAAAUAUAUAUUAUUUUAUACAAAGACGACUAAUUAGAAUAAUUUAAAUAUACAUUUUAAUGUUUCCAGCCCUAUCUACUUUGAUUUUCAAGGCAAACUUGCCACUACCAAUAUGGCGGAACCGCCGACGUAAAGUAAUGUCGUGUCUGCUCUUUAUUUGUAUAGCCGAGUUAUGGCCAUUGCUAAAAUUUAAUCUCUUGACGUCCCAUGAGUUUGUUUUAAUUCAUUUGUGAAAAACUAAACUGCUUAUCUAAAAUUGUAACUACGUUUAUUCAAAUCAUCAUAAUAAAAAAUACCGUAAUGGCGAUCCGGAGUAGUGUGAGUGUAAAGAUUUAGGCGUAUCUCGCAAGGGCGGUCUCACUCGAACUAGCGCGGGUGGUAGAACAAGUAAACAGAGCACCGCCCGCACAGUUGGAGCGUGUGGUUAGGUUCAACAAUCCGGAAACUGUAGUGGCUGGUCUAGUGGCUCCUACAGAAACAUGUCCUGACUCAAAAUCGCUCCCAAAAGUUUCAUUGGGGUUCGAUCUGUUGACUGGAAAAGGAAGAGCGUCCCCCUGCUCUGACAUUCAUUAUGGCACAGAGCUUUCUAAUGGAGGUCUGCGUGGACUCUGUGGAGUCUGCCGUCAAUGCGGAGCGAGGAGGUGCAAGUCGACUUGAGUUAUGUUCAAGUCUUCUGGAGGGAGGUCUCACUCCCAGUCUUGGUCUGCUACAGAUAGUAAAGCAGUAUAUCAAAAUUCCAGUCUACGUAUUGAUACGGCCUCGCGGUGGGGACUUCCUGUAUUCAGAUCAAGAAGUAGAAGUGAUGAAGAAGGACAUCGAGUUAAUGAAGACCCAGGGAGCCGAUGGUGUAGUGCUAGGCGCCCUGACGGAAGAUGGACGGGUGGAUGCAGAGCUCUGCAUGGAGCUGAUAGCUGCUGCGCGCCCUCUGCCUUUGACCUUCCACCGAGCUUUUGACAUGGUCCAUGAUCCAGCUGUUGCUCUGGAGACUCUGGUAUCGUUAGGAUUUGAGAGGGUGCUGACGAGUGGCUGUGACAGCUCGGCUUUAGAGGGGCUGCCCGUUAUUAAACGGCUCAUUGAUCAAGCAAAAGGUAGAAUAAUUGUAAUGCCAGGAGGUGGUAUUACAGAGAGCAACCUGCAGAGAAUAUUGGAGGGGUCGGGGGCUGAGGAGUUUCACUGCUCAGCACGCUCCAGCAGAGACUCUGCAAUGAAAUUCAGGAACACAUGUGUGACGAUGGGAGCUACAAUCUCAGCGCCAGAGUAUGGCCUGAAGGUGGCAGAUGUCAGCAAAGUCCGGAGUCUGAAUGCAAUUGCCAAAAAUACCUUGUGAUACCUCAAAAAUAUGAAGUUAUUUCCAACUCGCCUCAGUGUUAGUUUUCUUUUACUAAAGCAUUAGCAUUUCAUUUUUACAGCUCAGGGAGAGCACUACUGUCUUAAUGCUGUCUAUGAAGGUUUAUGACUGAGCAGUAAAUCAUUCACAAGUGUGUUUGUCCAUAUAAUUCUGAGGUGUAAACCACAACACAAAACAGAAGAUAGCAGCAUUUCACACAUUUCACUAGAACCUCUGUAACAAAGAAUCAGGAACAUUCAACUACAAAAGAACAUAAAACAAUUUCACAACUAAAUAUAAGUUUCAGAAAAAAAUCACCUUGAACAAUGGUUGAAUUGUUUUGUUUUGUUUGCUUUUAUCAUGGAGUAAUAAAAAUGAUCAGAUCUCUGAAUCUGAGAAAGGGAUGUGUGUGUUUAUAUUCUUGGAAGUAAAACACAUUUGUUGAAAGAAAA